AUGGUGAGAAAAAGUGGUUGUUCAAUGAAGUUCUCAGAGAAUAAUCUUAAUAAUCAUAGUAAUCGUCUUGGUAAUCGUAAUAUGUAUGCAACAAUAGCUUAUGCAGGGCAACAGCCUUGGCUGGUGAAUGGAACCAUUCGUGAUAAUAUUCUCUUUGGUGAAUCAUACCGUCCAAAACGCUACGAAGAGGUAAUUGAAUCAUGUGCUUUGAAAUCUGACAUCGAGAUAAUGUCCAACGGGGAUUUAACACAAGUCGGUGAGAGGGGAAUGACUUUAUCUGGUGGACAAAAGAUGAGAAAAUGCAUUGCUCGAGCUUUUUAUUCUUCAGCAAAUGUGAUCAUUUUGGAUGAUGUAUUAUCAUCGCUCGAUAAUCAAGUCGUUUCAUGGAUAAUAGAGAAAUGCCUAAAGCUGAAUCUGGCCAAAUACAAACGGACAAUUAUACUCGUGACUCAGAAAACUCAACUAGUGUAUAAUGCCGAUUAUCUGAUUGCAAUAGAAAAAUUGAAAAUUCGAGUAAGCUGGGUCAUGAAUCAAGUCAAAGAAAGGGAUCCGGCAAUAAUUCGUGAAUGGGAUUUGGCGAUUGCCAAGGAGAAUGCCAAAGAAAGUCAAUUAAGUCCAAUAGGACGAAGUGCAAGAGAACGAUGGAAACUAUUCAAAAACAUUUCACGAAUUGGUUUAUUGCAACAACGACCCUCACCAGAGAGAGAUAAUUUGUCUACGAAUAAUUCGAUUUACAACACGCCAUUCAAAAGGACAUCAAGUAUCUCGUUUGGAUCUCGUUUAUGGUCGGAUUUACCAUUACCCAUUGAUGAGUGUAAUGAUAACGAUUUUGACUUUAACCAAAUGCCAGAAGUACGCAAAAAGCCUAACAGUUUUCGAGUUGUUUCACUUCAACCAAGAGCAGUGUCAGCAAAAACUAAGGAACCGUUAACACGGAACAUUUCAUCUCCAGUUCAAUUUAAUCCAAAUGCAGUUACUGCAUCAGACUACUUAAAGUCAAGAGAUAUUGAUUGUGCUUCAGAAUUAUCUCUUAAUAAGAGCAUCGACAGAAAAAUAAGUUUCAGAAAAUUUCUUCGUCGAAUGUCGUCAAGGCGCAGAAAAUCUCAAACAGAUAAUUCGAUAAUUGAUCAUGAGAAAAGGAAAUCAGACAAAACACUCUCAAUAAGUAGCAUAACCGAAACUGAAGAAACCAUAAAUAACUCCGUCGACGUUGACGAUGACACCAUCACCAAACGUGAUGAACAUGAACGAAGUUGCAGUAUGGGAAUUGAAGAAGAAAUGGAAGACGAUGAAAGCGUUAACCUUGAGGAUGAAUCUGCACUCAAUCGAUUAAAGUAUGACGAAAAGCGAAGAUAUGGCAAAAUUCCAGCGAGGAAAACUUUGUAG